AUGGCGUCGAACACCAAGAGCAAAGUUGUGUUUGGUUCAGAAGAAGCUUCAGCCAUGGUUGAGCAACUGAGAGCAACGUUUGAUUGUGGCAAGACGCAUGGCUACGAAUGGAGAACUUCCCAGUUGAAGGCCCUCAUCGAGUUGACUCAAGAACAUGAGAAAGACAUAGUUCAAGCUCUUCACUCGGAUCUAUCCAAGUCCCAAACUGAAGCCUUUGUGCAAGAGGUAUUCACUUUAAGAAACAUCUAUAAAAUUGGACAUCCUCGUUCAACACUGCACCACAUUUUUUUUACUUCUCUGCUUCUCUUACCUCGUCGCGUCAUUUUGCCCGCGACACGCAUACCAGCAAUGUCGUCUCAGGACUCAGAUAAAAUGAAGUCCAAAGCGAGUGAGUUCGACGCGCCGGCGGCAUCGCAGCUCGUCAUGGAGCUACGUACAGCCUUCGCUUCGGGCAAAACGCGCAGUUACCAGUGGCGAGUGUCGCAGCUCAAAACGCUAGCGAAACUCGUCGCCGAUCACGAGCCGCAGAUCGUCGACGCGCUCCGAAACGACCUCGCGAAGCCGCCGCUAGAAACUGUGGCUUACGAGGUGCUGUUGUUUAUUCCAUUCUCACUGUUACUCUCUGCGUUUUGCUUUGUCUAUGUUUCUGGUGCGUGUCGUUUGACCUCGGUAGUGGAAGAGGAAUAUUUUGAAAGCCGUUCUUCGUUGGUGGAUUUCGGUGGGUUUGGUUUGAGCAUUAAUGGCGCACUCUUGCGUCGCACUUUUAAUUGUUAUUUGGAUGUUGGUGCGGAGCUUGCCCUUUUGGUUGUUCAGAAGCACUUCAAUUCUUUCACGCAGUUGACAAAAAGGAUCUCAGAAAAUAUGUGCCAAUCAGGGUUAGCUAAACUGAUUGCUAUGUUGAAAAACUCGUGUAAAGUUGCACUCAAAGAAUUGAAACAUUGGAUAACUCCCGAAAAGGUCAAAACUUCACUCGCAACUUUCCCUUCUUCAGCUGAAAUAGUAUCUGAACCACUGGGGGUUGUGUUGGUGAUCUCGGCAUGGAACUACCCUUUCCUAUUGUCACUUGAUCCAGUCAUUGGAGCUAUUGCCGCUGGUAAUGCUGUGGUUUUAAAACCAUCAGAAAUUUCACCGGCCACAUCAUCACUGCUGGCAAAACUUCUGGGAGACUACAUGGAUAACUCAUGUAUUAGAGUUGUUGAGGGAGCAGUUGAUGAAACCUCCGCGUUACUACAGCAAAAAUGGGACAAAAUUUUCUAUACAGGCAAUGGACGAGUGGCACGUGUUGUGAUGGCUGCUGCUGCAAAACACCUUACACCAGUUGUGCUGGAACUCGGAGGAAAAUCUCCAGUUGUUGUUGAUUCAAAUAUCGAUUUAAAGGUAGCAACAAGACGAAUAAUUGCCGGAAAGUGGGGUUGUAAUAAUGGACAAGCCUGCAUUUCUCCUGAUUAUGUUAUAACAACAAAAGAAUAUGCUCCCAAGUUGGUGGAUGCGCUAAAGACUGAAUUGGAGAAAUUUUAUGGGAAGAAGCCAAUGGAAUCACAAGAUUUGUCCCGUAUUGUGAACUCCAAUCACUUUAAUCGCUUGACAAAACUUUUGGAUGAUGAUAAGGUUUCUGGUAAGAUUGUUUACGGAGGCGAAAAGGAUGAAAGCAAAUUGAAGAUUAGCCCCACUGUUCUACUGGAUGUCCCACGGGAUUCUUUGAUUAUGAGCGAGGAGAUAUUUGGUCCUUUACUUCCCAUCCUCACGGUAGACAAACUGGAAGAAAGCUUUGACGUGAUCAAUUCAGGACCAAAGCCUCUCGCUGCAUAUAUAUUUACGAGUAACAAGAAUCUCAAGGAGCGAUUUGUUAUGAGUAUUUCAGCUGGCGGCUUGGUUGUUAAUGACACUACUUUACAUCUUGCAGUUCAUACUUUGCCAUUUGGGGGAGUUGGUGAGAGUGGAGUGGGUGCAUACCAUGGGAAAUUCUCGUUUGAUGCUUUUAGCCACAAAAAAGCAGUGCUCUAUCGCAGUUUUAUUGGUGAUGCAGCAAUAAGGUACCCACCAUACACAAGUACAAAGCAAAGAUUGCUGAAAGCUCUCAUUGGUGGUGGCAUACUUGGUAUUAUUCGUGCCCUGUUUGGUUGGUCCUAG